AUGUCAUAUCUCAAUAAUCAUGCGGUUGUGAUGGAUAAUGGUACAGGUUUAACGAAGUUGGGUUUCGCAGGAAACGACUCGCCCUCAUGGAUUUUCCCAACAGCCAUUGCCACUGCACAACCCUCCAACAGCAGCGGUAAGUCAACUGGAGGAGGUAAUACUAGCUCACAAUCCCAGGCUAACACCAGUUCUGGUGUUAUAGGGUCAUAUUUUGGAAAUUCUACAUCAGCGACGUCUUUUAAUAACUUUGCUUCAUCGCUGCUCCUCUCAAAUAAUUUAGCUGGCAAGAGAGGUACGGAAGAUCUAGACUUUUAUAUUGGCAACGAAGCACUUACUGCUGCACAAGGACCAGCAUAUUCGUUGAGUUAUCCAAUCAAGCAUGGGCAGGUUGAAAAUUGGAAUCAUAUGGAAAGAUUUUGGGAGAAUUCUAUUUUCAAAUACCUGAGGACGGAGCCAGAAGAUCACUUCUUCCUAUUAACUGAACCGCCAUUAAACCCUCCAGAAAACAGGGAACAAGUUGCUGAAAUCUUUUUCGAGUCGUUUAACUGUGCUGGAUUGUAUAUUGCUGUACAAGCUGUUCUUGCGCUUGCCGCAUCCUGGACUUCCUCGAAGGUUACUGAUAGGUCUUUGACAGGGACUGUUAUAGAUUCAGGUGAUGGUGUUACACACGUUAUACCUGUUGCAGAGGGCUAUGUGAUUGGAUCAGCUAUCAAAAAUAUACCAAUUGCUGGUAGGGAUAUAACCUUAUUUAUCCAAUCGCUAUUGAGAGAGCGCGGUGAAGUCGAUACCUCUCUAAAAACAGCUGAACGUAUUAAGCAAGAGUACUGUUACGUCUGCCCAGAUAUUGUCAAGGAAUUUAACAAGUUUGACAGGGAUGUUGGGAAGUUUUCACAAUUCAUCAUUGAAAACCAAGGAAAGACUCAGAAAAAGAUUGUUGAUGUUGGAUACGAAAGGUUUUUGGCUCCUGAAAUAUUCUUCAACCCGGAGAUCGCAUCUUCAGACUUUCUUACCCCAUUACCAACCAUUGUUGACCAUACAAUCCAGGCUUGUCCAAUUGAUGUUCGCAAAGGUCUUUACAGCAAUAUUGUAUUGUCUGGUGGAUCUACGAUGUUUAAGGAUUUCGGUCGUCGUCUACAGAGAGAUUUGAGAUCCAUUGUUAAUGAUCGAAUUGCCCAAAGUGAAUUGUUAAGCGGCACAAAGUCCACCGGUGUCGACGUACAGGUUAUUUCCCAUAGAAGACAAAGAAAUGCUGUGUGGUUUGGUGGCUCAUUGUUAGCACAGACAGCCGAAUUUAAAAGUUACUGCCAUACAAAGAGAGAUUACGAAGAAUACGGUCCUGAAAUUGUUAGAAACUUCAGCUUAUUUAAUAUGUUGUGA